CUUCUUAUCACCAGACAUUGUGAGUGGCCUAGAAUAAAUAACUUUGAGUAAUUGAAUAAUAUGAGUUGACUAAUAUUACCUCAAAGUCGCAAGGAAAUAUUAUAUAGCUCAAUUAUACAUAUCCAUCAUUCAAGGCAAAACAAGAAAAAGUCCAGUACACAGGCCAUGGAGUUUAGUGAGUGGUGUCAUUCUAUGGAAGUUUCACUAAGUUCUGUCAACUCUGAUGGUUAUAUUCGACCAUACAGCAUUUCAAUUAUUCCAGAAGCACUUAAAAAAUCAAACGAAGAUGCUUACACACCAAGGGCAGUCUCAAUCGGACCCAAAUUCAAGGGAACUAGAGAACACUUACUUCUCAUGGAAAAUAUCAAAAGACAGUGCAUGACGCAUCUUUUUCACAGAGAACAACACAACAUGUCCCCUCAUGGAAAGCUGAGAGCAUGCUGCCAAGUAAUCUGGAAUCUAAACAACCAGAUUCGAACAAGUUAUGUUGCUGACAUCAACCUAGAACAACACGAACUCGCGAAAAUCAUGUUAGUGGACGGUUGUUUUCUGUUAGAGGUUCUCAUAUCAAAAGAGCUAGAUCAUGAACUACCAUGCCAGUUGAAAUCUCCUUCUCCUGCAGCUCAACUCCUGAGAGAUGAAGAUGUCUUGUCUGAUCUCACUUUGUUGGAGAAUCAGAUCCCGAUUUUCGUCCUCCACGAGCUUUCUCGAUAUUGA